CUUUAUUACUCUUUAGGUUUUUACUUUUCAUUACUAAAAGCAGCAAAAGCUACAUUAUAUUUUACUAUUGAGUAAUUAUUUAGCAUUCUUUCAUAGUCUUUAUUAAGAAUGAGUUAAUCGCCUUUGUAGAAACAAGAAAAUAAACCUAAGUCUAUUUUAGAAGACUCACUGAAAGUAAUAUAAGAAAGAGCUAAAAAGUAGCAUGGUGCUGUAGACAAAUAGUAGGAUAAUGAUUCUUAAUAAAUCCUAGAAACUAGUGUUGAAUAAAAAAAGUAAUUUCCUACUGAUGAUAAUCCAUUAAAAAAUGCUUAAUUAGAUAUCAAUUCACUAUAACUGAGAGCUAAUGUAAUAUAAUCUACAAACUAAAAUACAAACUAGUCAACUAAUUUAAGCAGUCAGAAAAGCUAGAAUUAAUAUUAAAUUGAAUAAGCAGGAGAUAUUUAGAGUAAAAGUCUUUUGGAUAGCUAGAAUGAAUUUACAAAGUAAAAUCAAUAGAGUGAUGGCUUAUAAAAGAUCAUCUUAACAAGUCCUUUAAGUUAUCAAAAGAAAAAUGAAUCUAAUAGGUAUAUUUAAGAAAUUUAAUUGAAUAAUCAUGAUAAUAACAUUAAUUAAGAUAAAAAUAAAUCUUUUGAUUUUAAUAUGCCUAAAAAUCAUCCUUAAAUCGAAAUCAAAUAAUAUGAAUAGUAUAUUGGAGUAUAAAGCCUAGAUAAUUAGGAUUUUAAAGAAAAAAGAUUAAUUUCACCUAUUAUAAAUGAUUAAAAAAGUAAUUCAAAUUAAUCUAAAACAUAAAAUGAAUUUGAUGUCAUCAGCAAUCAGAAUAGUAACCAAUACAUAUUAACUCCUAUGUAAGAAAAUAAUUUUAGGAAUAAUGACACUGAAUAAAUUAAAUAGUGCAGUUCAAGGUUCUUAACACCUGUCAAAACUGACUAGAAUAAAUGCAAGUUGUAAUAAAAGUAUUCAUAAAAAGAAAAAGUAACCAAAUAGAUAAAUGCAAUAAGAUAAAAUUAAAGUUUAAGUGCUGCAGAAAUCAACUAAUCAUCUCCUAAUUAGGAAGAAAAUAAGACCUCUUCCAAAAAAAUUAAUCAUCAGCACUUUAGGAUGGAUGGAAAUUAUUAUCAAAGUAAUAGUCCAGAAGAUAUGUCUUAGCACUCAAAAAAUUAAUUUGUCAUUAGAAAAUAAAGUAGUAGAUUGUCUGGCUAAAUAAUAGAGAGAAAAAAAAUUGGUGAAGAAUAAGAUCUCUAAAAUUAAAAAAGAAGUAUAGACUAUAAUAAUAGAAAUAAUUAAAGAUCAAAUUCAGGAAAAAAAUAGAUAUUUACAAAGAGCUACUACGAUGAUGAGAGCCAUAAAAAGUUUAUAAUAUAGAAAAUAAAGGAAAGAAAAUAGCUUUAAAUGAAAAGAGAAAAAUAAUUCUUAGAAUAGCAAGAACAUCUAAAAAAGCAGGAAAUUGAGGAACUUGAAGAGCAAAAUAAAAAAAAAGAAUAAGCAAUCUAGUAAAGAGCAAUUAUUAUUUAAGAAAGAAUGAAAAAGAGUAAGUAAUAUAGAGAAAGUUUGGAAGCAAACAAAUCAUCAAGCAGAGAAAAAUCUCCAAUAUUCGAGCAUAGAUAGAAACCGUUAUAUAAAGAAUUACAAGAAAAAUUUUAGCAAAACUAACAGUAAGAAAUCGAAGAAAGAAAGAAGAUUCUGGAAGCAUAAAAAGCCAAAAAGUAAAACUAUAAGAUAGAGGACAUAAUUAAGCAUCAAAAAGAAUUGAGUCAGCAAUUAAAUGAGAGAUAAAAUUCUCAACAAAAAAAAAGUUAAUAAUUAGACUGGCAUUAUGAAAAACCUAAAUAUUAAUCAAAACUUUGGGAGAUUUGUGAGUAAGAAAAGAAUGAAUCAUACAAAAAAGAAUAAGAAAAAUAAAUUAUGAGAAGGUUAAGAGAAGAAAGAAGACAUAAAUUUGGCUAAUAAAUUAGGGAAGAUAAUAGCUAAAAUAAAAACUAAAUUAAAUAAAAUUAAAAUAAUGAUAGUUAAAAUGAGAAUAUGGAUAACGAUACAAUUGAUGACCAUUUUUUAAGUUAAAGUAAAUAUUAUCAACGAAAUAGCCCUCACUAAAUGGAAGCAGAAGGCAAUUUAAUAGAGAUUAAAGAUGAAAAAAUAAAUAAAUCAUAAUAGAAAAAUAAAAAAUACUAAAAUCAUUCAUACAUAAAUAAGCAUCAAUAAAGCGUCAACAGCUUUAAUGAAAAUAGCAUAAAUACUAUCGAAUUUAAUUAAGAACAUUAAAAUUAGAAAUACACGGAAAAUUAAGUACUCAAUAAAAUCUCUAGUUCUUAGCAUAAUCUUUACCAUCUUAGUAACAGGUUCAGAGGAAAUAAAUUAAUUUAAAGGUAGUACACUGCAGAUUAACUAUUGAUUUCUCAUGAUAUGGGGAAGGAAAAAAAUGAAAAUUUAAACUAAAAUAAAUAAAAUAAAAAUAUUAAUUUUAUGAAGCAAGAUUAAAAAAAUGAAAGCUAAUUUGAGAAAAAUAACUUCUUAAAUUAAUACUCCGUUUAAAACUUUCCAAAUGUUUCAAAAAAUUUUAGUCGAGAAUUCUAUCCAGAUCUAAAAUAAAAAAAUCAUCCUAAAAAAAUAUAUUCUGCUAAAGAAAGACUAAAUAGUGUUAUAAGUAGCAACCAAAGUUUUAACAAUCACAGAAAUUAUUCUAAAAAUAGAAGCGAAAAAACGAAUGAUUCUAAAAGUACCUCAGAAAUAUACUAAGACUUAAUUUAAUUACAUGAUUAGAACUUAACUUAAAAAUUAAAUAAUAAAAGCAAGAGUGUUCAUGAAAGAGUAGAAGAUGUCAAAGUCGAAACUAAAAAAAUGGAACAAAUUGCUAAUAAAUAACAAAAACUAUUAAAGGUUUCUUCUAAUGAAGAAAUAGAUAGAGUUUUUAUAUCAGAAAUAUAUAUUAAAUCUAUAAAAGCUAAAUUAGCUGUGCUGGAUGAGAUUGUUCCUUUUUACAAUUAGAAUAACAUAAAUAAUAACAACCACUCUAAGUCUUAGCAAUAAGAUAUUCAAAAAUAAGAAAAUAUUAACCAAAAUAUAAAUCAAAAUUCUUAAAUAGUAAAUAAAGAAUAGUAAGAUUCUUAUAUGUAAACCUAGUUUAGUUAAAAUCAUAGUAACAGCAACAAAAAAACAUUAAGAUUCGUUGAUACAUUAUAAAUAUAGCAAUAAGACAAUUAAUGA